AUGCCCCAACGAAACGUUUUCUCUUGGAAUGCCAUUAUAUCCGCUCACAUAAAAGCACAAAACUUGAAGCGAGCCCGCCAGUUAUUUGACUCUGCUUCGUACAAGGAUUUGGUCACUUAUAAUUCACUGUUAUCUGGUUACGUCAGCGCAGACGGGUAUGAGGAUUGUGCGCUUGAGCUAUUCAGUGAAAUGAAUUCACUGGAUUGUGGGAUUAGAAUUGAUGAGAUUAGUCUCACAACUAUGCUGAACUUGACUGCAAAGUUAGAAGUGGUGUCUUAUGGAAGGGAGUUGCAUUCGUUUAUGGUGAAAACUGCCAAUGAUUCAAGUGGGUUCGCGGUGAGCUCACUUAUUGAUAUGUAUUCUAAGUGUGGAUAUUUUCAAGAAGCGUGGCAGGUUUUUAGUGGACAUAGAGGGGUGGUUGACUUGGUUUCGAAGAAUGCAAUGGUGGCGGCUUGUUGCAGAGAAGGAAAAUUGGAAGAGGCAGUUAAUCUAUUUUGGACAGAACCGGAGCUGAAUGAUAAUGUGUCUUGGAACACAUUGAUUGCAGGGUAUGCCCAGAAUGGUUUUGAAGAAGAAGCACUCAAUCUUUUUGUCCGUAUGGCAGAGAAUGGAUUUAGGCAGAAUGAGCACACUUUUGCUAGUGUUUUAAGUGCUUGCUCUGGCCUGAGGAGCUGCAAACAUGGAAAGGAAGUCCAUGCUUGGGUGUUGAAGAACGGGAUGACUUCGAAUUCAUUUAUACUCAGUGGAAUUGUUGAUGUCUACUGUAAGUGUGGCAAUAUGAAGUAUGCAAAGUCAGUUCACGCAGCAAUGGGGUUUGAAAAUUCCUUCUCGGUCACGUCAAUGAUUAUGGGCCAUGCCUUUCGUAGUAACCUAGUAGAAGCACGGAGACUUUUUGAUUCAUUGGCUGAAAAGAGCACUGUUGUAUGGACAGCUUUGUUUUCUGGAUAUCUCAAAUCACAGAAAUGUGAAGCUGUAUUUGAACUUUUAAGUGAGUUCAGGGCGAAGGAAUCAAUAGUUCCUGAUGCUGCAAUUCUCAUCAGUGUUCUUGGUGCCUGCGCAAUAAAAGCUGCCCUGGAUCCUGGAAAGCAGAUUCAUGCGUACAUCUUAAGGAGCAGGAUCGAAGUGGAUAAGAAGUUGUUUAGUGCUUUGGUUGAUAUGUACUCAAAAUCUGGGAGUAUCACCUACGCAGAAAAACUUUUCAAGAGAGGCUCUGAUAGGGAUAUAAUCCUUUACAAUGUGAUGUUAGCUGGUUAUGCUCACCAUGGGCAUGAAAAUAAAGCUAUCCAGAUCUUCAAUGAAAUGUUGGAGCGAGGUAUUAAACCUGAUGUAGUCACCUUUUUAGCAAUUCUAUCAGCUUGUCGACACUCUUGUUUGGUGGAAUUGGGUGAGCAGUUCUUCUACUCCAUGAAAAAGGAUUACAAUGUAUUGCCCGAAAUUGAGCACUAUGCUUGUAUAAUUGAUUUGUACGGGAGGGCUAACCAACUUGACAAGGCAAAAGAAUUGAUGAGAAAGAUUCCUAUAGAAUCAGACACCAUUAUAUGGGGGGCAUUCUUGAAUGCUUGUAGGGUAAAUGGAAAUACCAUACUUGCUAGAGAGGCAGAGGAGAGGCUAUUAAAACUUGAAGGAGACACUGGUGAUCGGUAUGUACAGUUGGCUAAUUUAUAUGCUGCAGAAGGAAAUUGGGAUGAGGUUUGCAGAAUAAGGAAGAAGAUGAAAGGAAAGGAGGCCAAGAAGGCUGCUGGUUGCAGUUGGUUAUACGUGGAAAAUGGAGUUCAUAUAUUUAUUUCUGGUGACAAAACUCACCCAAGAACAGAGGCUAUAAAUUUUACCUUGGCCUUAUUGGCUGAAGAAUUAUAUCAGAUAUCUUGA